GUAAGUAGAGCCUGGCACAAAGAGAGAGGAAAGCCAUUCAGUAAGGUAUGGACGACCCGGAACCCGACAACGGAGGAGACACCUCGAGAAAUAGAGGACUGGACCUACACACUCCCUACCCUAUCGAGUCUCUCCUUCCCGUUGCUAUUUUGUUGCUAUCGAGUACUGAAUUGAGAUGAGCCACGACUCUGCCACGACUCCGGCUCCAUCAGCGAAAUGCCUGUGACGAUGAGUGGUGUUUAAAAGCGACGCGAGUUGCGCGAGCGCCGAGGUGAGCUCCUCGUCGAUUUAACCUCCUUUUAUGUUGCAAAGAGAAAGGAAUUCACUCGCUCGCCUAUGGUUGCCCAAUGACAGGCUUGACGGGUGGCUGAGCAGGUCUUUCUCAAAGCCCCAACUGGUUGCAGCCUGAUUGUGCGACUGCGCGUUACAGGGAUUGUUACACCAGAAACACCUCCUAGUCACGUGGGACUGGAGGAGCAAAUUGCAGCAUGCGCCCUAUUCAGAGCGUGCCGCUCAGCCUCUUUCUGCUUUCUGUCGACCAGAAGAUAGCGGAUGUUUUGUCUGUGAUCAAUCUCAAAGAGCGCUGUCCGUCUCCAAUGGCAGAUGCAGCAGCCGUAGACGAGCCGAGUCGAGAUGGAGCGUUGCAUACAGAGACACCACCGAGACCGAAAUCAUCGAAAGACAUACCCAUGGUUCAAGAGCAUGGCGUGACGGUCCUCUGGGAGCCAAAACAAGGGUCUGCCACCCUUGCUGAUGUUAUCUUUGUGCAUGGCCUGGGUGGCCACCCUCGAAAGACAUGGCAGUACGGCAAGGCUGAGAAAUCUGCGACUGAAGAAACAGCGGGUGCAGCACAAGAGAGGUCGAGGUGGAACACUUCCAUGAACAGAUUCAAGACGAAGAAAUCAUCCAAAAGCGCGGAAGACAAGACGCCUUUUGCGCCUGGGCCAUCAGGACCGCUUGAAGCCCCCAAAAGCGAAUCUCAGAGCCAGGGUUGUUUUUGGCCUUACGACCUUGUCCCGGAUGAUUUUGGCAACCUGCGGAUCUUGACUUAUGGCUACGAUUCGCAUCCAAGCCAUUUUUACACAGGGCGGACGGUGCAAAUGAACAUAAGCCAACACUCUCAGCAAUUGCUUCAACCUAUCACGGAUUUUCGGCGGGAAUGCAAGGGAAGGCCAAUAAUCUUUGUCGUGCACAGCCUAGGUGGUAUCCUCGUCAAAGACGCCAUCAUCCUGUCCGGUAAGUACGGGCAUCAGCCUGCCAUGAAGGAUGUGUCACUCUCAUGCAAAGCCAUACUCUUUUUUCGGAACGCCUCACCAGGGUGCGAACGCCGCAGCUUAUGGCGAGAUGCUUGCCAAUCUUGUUGGGGCUCUACCACUGUUUCCCAGCGUGUACAAAGAGGUACUGCGGGGCCUUAAACCCGACGGCGAGAAGUUAAGCAACGUCACAGCCGACUUCAAUGAUCAACUUAGCAAAGAGAUGCCGGCAGCGAACAAAAUCCAGCUCUACAGCUUUAGGGAGGGCAAGCCCUUGACGAAUCUUAAGAAGUUCGAUGGCAAGGUAGUCCCAGAUACUUCGGCCUUCUACAACUGAAGGGACAUCGAGCAGACAUCGAUGAUCAUGGCCAACCAUUUGGAUAUGUGCAAAUUCGAUAAUGUUCAGAAUCCUGGAUAUGUCUCCUUCCGGGCAGCCCUGUCCGGUCAUUUGAGCCCUUUACAGGCACAAGUCACAGCACCGUAGCGGGAAGAGCAAGAACGUUUAAUAGCAGGUCCGUAGCCCACACAAACACUCGAAGACCUCGUUGCCGUUUCGUCUUGUCGUCCGCAGAACUGAUUACCGAGCCAGCAUUGACUGAAGCUCUUGACUUUGGCGCCAGGAUCCAGCGCCAACACCUGCUUGCCAAGUUACUGACUGACAAAGCCACCUUUGAAUGGGUCUGGAGUUCUGAGUUCGCAAGACGGUUGGCGAAUAAGGAACCCUUGUUCUGGAUAAGCGGGAAACCUGCCAGCGGCAAGUCGACUCUGAUGUAUCACAUUGCCAAGUCGGAUACCACAGAAAAGCUUCUGCAGCACACUUUCGGCAAGCAGACUACUUGGAUCUACCACUUUUUCGACAUUUGCGCUGCUGGUGGCUUAGGGAAUAACUUCGCAGGCUUUGUCCGCUCGCUGCUGCUGCAGCUGCUUUCCAGGCUUCCACACCCCUCUGAUCAAGCGCCACGACUAGGGGCGCUGCUCCGUGCAGCUCAGCAAGGGCGGUCUUUUGGUGCCGGGGAGUUCGAACUCGCAGAUCUUUGUGAAGUCCUUCUCAAAACCCUGCAUGCCGGCCCAGGACACGUCUUCAUCACUCUCGAUGGCCUGGACGAAUACGCUGGUGAGCCGAUGGGGCUUGUCUCCUUCAUCAAAGGUAUGGCACAGUUGAACACAAAGGUGUGCCUGGCUAGUCGGCCUGACGCACCGUUUCCUGACGCGUUUGCCACGAUGCUGUCUUUGAAAAUGCACGAAGUUAAUGCGCCAGGCAUUUACACGUUCGCACGUCAAAUGUUUGAUGAUGCGGCCAUACAAAGACACUGGGCAAAUCAGGACCAGCCUCACAAUUUGGCAAAAGAGAUAGUCUCCCAGUCACGAGGUGUGUUUCUCUGGGCACGUUUUGCAACGCUCGAGAUCGUGAAUCGGCUCUUGAAAGGCGAUCUGAGCCCCGGCGAUGACCUGGUAGCUGCAGUACACGCGCUGUCCCCCGAUCUAGAAGAGCUUUACUCCCGGAUCACUUGGCGGGCAUCCCCAGAAGAUCGAGCUCUAGCGCGGGUCAUCUUGGUUUAUGUGGCGCAUGCAUUGGACACACCAAAAACGAUCAUGUUGCAAAGCCUCCUACAGUUGCACACUGGCGACCCUUCGCCGUGGUUUCGAGAAAUCACCUACGUUGACCGGUCGCUAUAGGACAUAGAACCAUUCAGGCGGAAGGUUCUCGCUUCGACAGGUGGCUUGAUCGAGACGUAUCACGAUCCAGACGCUCGAAAAUCAGAAGAAAAAUUAGCCAAUGUGCGAUUGUUGCUUCGUACUGUGAAGACUUACCUGGAAAACAGAGGUCGGACGGAGCUCUCACUAUCCUUGAGUGACCCUGGCUGCGAACAAAGCCUGUGGCUGCAAUCUUUUGCCAUAGUCAAGCAUCGCACGAUGAUUACUUGCGGAGAUCAGAGCCAGCAGGUAGCUCCGUCCAAUUUUUGUAUCCCUGGGGUCUUUUACAAUAUUUUGAAGAUACUGACCCUUCGGAAUCCGCCCUGGAUCCACGCGACCGUGGAACGCGGACAGCGCUCUCAUGCCCGUCAGUUGGCGUGCGACUGUUGAUGGCUUAUG